AUGUCGAAAACCCAGGUUCUGUUGGUCGGGGCCGCGGGUGAAACCGGAGGUUCCAUCGCAAAUGGUCUCCUCGACGAUGGUCGCUUUGAUGUUAUCGCUCUGGUCCGACCGGCCUCCAUUCACAAGCCCGCCAUCCAACGACUGUCGGAUAAGGGUAUUCAGAUCCGCAAGUGUGACUUGAAGGCCCCCGAGGAGCAUCUGAUUGAGGCCCUGUCCGAAAUCGACGUUGUCAUCAGCUGCGUUGGCCCCGCCGAGCAGCAGGAUCAGAUCCCGCUGGCCAAGGCGGCGAAGAAGGCUGGCGUCAAGCGCUUCAUUCCGUGUGGUUUCAUUACCGUUGCACCUCCCGGUGGUGUGAUGUGGUUGCGCGACGAGAAAGAGAUUGUCUACAACCAGAUCCGCCAGCUGUGGCUCCCGUACACCAUUGUCGAUGUGGGCUGGUGGUACCAGCUCUCAUACCCUCGUCUUCCUUCCGGCCGUGUCGACUAUGCUAUGACCUCUGGCAACGACGAGAUCAUUGGAGAUGGAAACAUGCCCACUGCGCUCACCGACUUGCGGGACAUCGGUCGCUAUAUGGCAAUGAUCAUUUCCGACCCCCGCACCAUCAACAAGAAGAUUCUCGCCUAUAACCUGGUUUCCACACAAAACCAGAUUUACCAACUGAUGGAGGAAUUGGCCGAGGAGAAGGUCGAUCGGAACUAUGUAUGUCCCUGGCACCCCCAUUGCACUGAUCCUUCUUCCACCCGAUUGCCACUGGCUAACACAGCGUUUUUCCCCAUCACACAGGUCCCCGAAGAGACUAUCUGCAGCCGAGUUGUUGCCGCUCGUCAAGCCAGUGAAACGUACCCCUUCGACCCUAUCAAGUUCAUCCCUCGCUACCUCGCUGAAUACCAAUACUCAUGGGGUAUCCGGGGUGACAACAACCCCGAGUACGCCAAGUACCUGGGCUACCAUCUCACCACCGAGUUAUACCCAGAGUUCAAGCCCACCGAUUUCCGCGAGUACCUCGAGUCCGUCAUCCGGGGAACCGCCAAGGGCGUUUACACCGACCGUGUGAUUUCUCGAAAGCACCAGCGACACUUCCCCCGUACCGAGUCGAGUGACUCUCUGUACACUCGCAUUUUCCCGCGGACAGAGUCCAGCGAAUCCCUCAUGUCGCGAUGA